AAAAAAUCAAUGUUCCAGCUGCCAAUUCUGAAUUUCAGCCCUCAGCAGGUGGCGGGGGUCUGUGAGACACUGGAGGAGAGCGGAGACAUAGAGCGCCUUGGUCGCUUCCUCUGGUCCCUGCCAGUGGCCCCAGCAGCAUGUGAAGCACUCAACAAAAACGAGUCCGUCCUCAGAGCACGGGCCAUCGUCGCAUUCCACACGGGCAACUUCAGAGAGCUGUAUCAUAUCCUGGAGAAUCACAAGUUCACCAAGGAGUCACACGGCAAGUUGCAGGCCCUUUGGCUAGAAGCGCAUUACCAGGAAGCAGAGAAACUAAGAGGUCGCCCCUUGGGUCCAGUGGACAAGUACAGGGUAAGAAAGAAGUUCCCCCUACCCAGAACCAUCUGGGACGGAGAACAAAAGACUCACUGCUUCAAAGAGAGGACGAGGCAUUUGUUGAGAGAGUGGUACCUGCAAGACCCCUAUCCGAAUCCCAGCAAAAAACGAGAGCUUGCUCAAGCAACUGGACUUACACCAACACAAGUGGGUAACUGGUUUAAGAAUCGUAGGCAAAGGGACAGAGCAGCAGCAGCUAAAAAUAGGCUGCAGCAGCAGAUUUUGUCGCAGGCAACCGUGCGCUCCUUGAACGAGGAAGACGCUGUCGUGGAACCACUGGUGGGCGCCUCAAGUCCCGCCACCAGCCUCUGCAGCGUCUCGGGGAGAAACAAAACGGCCACUUUGGCUAUCUCCAUCACAUCGAGCGACAGUGACUGCGACAUCUGA